AUGAACCCAAUGGCAGCCUUAGGAGGAAUCCUGCCACUGCCAGCACCAGCCAAUGCCUAUACACCGCCCACUAACCCCAUUGUGGUGAUUGGGGAACAGUUCCUUGCCCCAUAUCCCGUGGAACUUAAAAUACAACAGAAAAUAUUUACACUUGCAGAAAAUAACUUUGAUGUUACCGACGUUAAUGGUAGCCUUAUUUUCAAGGUUAAAGGUAAAUUAUUCAGCAUUCGUGAUCGUCGCGUUCUGCUUGAUGCCGUUGGAAGUCCUCUCGUCUCUCUCAAACAGAAGAUAUUGACUGUGCAUAGGAGAUGGCAAGUUUUUAGAGGAGAAAGCAACAGCUCCAAUGAUUUGCUUUUCAGUGUGAAGAAAUCGUCUUUCCUCCAAUUGAAGACAACAUUAGACGUUUUCUUGGCUUCCAACACUAGUGAAUCAGUGCCUGAUUUCAGGAUCAAAGGGGGCUGGCAUGAGAGCGGAUGCACCAUCUAUGCUGGAGAGACCGUAAUUGCACAGAUGCAUAGAAAACACAGCUUGCAAACCGUGGUAUUCGACACAGACAAUUUUGGAGUGACUGCAUGCCCUAAUGUUGAUUACGCAUUUAUUGUUACUCUGGUGGUGAUUCUAGAUGAAAUCAAUGCUGAUCGUAGUGGCGAGGACUGA